ACACACCUUGUUCUGGAGCCAGCUGCUCCACAGAGCGUCCAGCAGCGUGAGCCACACCAGGGAAAGCACACUCCUGCUCGGCCCGAUCGAUAUGUGCACAAAAGCUCCCUAUUGGAUUAGAAAGCCUUAAUUGAAACCUUUGCACGAGUGGCGACACCGAAGAUUGUGACAGAAAAGUGCUUUUCGUCACACUUGGGGGCAGAGUACCGGCUGGUGCUGGUGCUGGCGCUGGUGCUGGUGGUGAGUUCAAGGAAAAAGAUGCAGUUGCGUCGCCUCUCGGUGCGCCCUGCAGCCAGGCACCAAGGCUGGUGAUGCCCGCCGCUGUGCGGUGAUCACCAGCGGACGCAACAGCGGAAAGAGGAAGAGCAGAAGCGCGGCGGGCGAGGAGGAGGAUGAUGACGAUGCUGGUGAUGAUGAUGAGUUUAAGAUCAUGGCAAACGGAACCGGUACUAUUAUGUUAAAAUGUGUCGUGGUCGGAGACGGUGCAGUUGGCAAAACGUGUCUUCUUAUGAGCUAUGCCAAUGACGCCUUUCCUGAGGAAUAUGUCCCAACAGUCUUUGAUCAUUAUGCAGUGAGCGUCAAUGUCGGAGGAAAGCAGUACUUGUUGGGACUGUACGACACUGCCGGCCAGGAGGAUUAUGACCGACUCAGGCCAUUGUCCUACCCGAUGACGGACGUUUUCCUCAUCUGCUUCUCGGUGGUGAACCCUGCCAGUUUCCAGAAUGUGCGUGAAGAAUGGGUGCCCGAGUUGCGGGAGUACGCACCCAAUGUUCCCUACUUGCUCAUUGGUACUCAGAUUGAUCUACGCGAUGACCCAAAGACCAUUGCCAAACUGAAUGAUAUGAAGGAGAAACCUAUCGUGACUGAGCAAGGCUUGAAACUGGCAAAGGAGAUUGGAGCAUGUUGCUACGUGGAGUGCUCAGCACUAACCCAGAAAGGUCUGAAGACGGUGUUCGAUGAGGCCAUCAUAGCCAUUUUGACUCCCAAGCGAAAGAAGGGAGCUUUAAAAAGAAGAAUGGGACCCCGUUGCAUGAACUGCUGUCUGAUCACAUGAUGGGCAACACACUCAGAACUUCCACAAAGACUGAUGCAGAUACAAAGAAGCGCGCUGACAACAACUGAGUGAGUUUUUAAUGCUGCAAUGAACUCCAAAGGAGCACAAACACCAAGAAAGCUCUUGUCAUUAUUCAGGUGUUUUACAUAGAAAACAAACAUGAAUCAAAGAAAUGUUUGCUUUACAAAAGGGAGCUUGAUUUGUAAAAUGUUUUAAGACGAUAUAUUCACUUUUGAUGAUAUUGUGAGUCUCUCAAAGCAAAAAGCCGUUUUUUGGACAUAUUGCUUUUUUCUUUUUGUCCUGCCGCCAAAUUUGUUUCCUCAUUAUUUGACAAUGUGUGUAUAGGGGAUUAGUAAAUCAAAACUAUUUUCAUCCUAGAGAUAUUUUUUCCUAUUCUUUGUCAUGCUAGACAGUUGAUCUUUUAGAAGUGGGAGUACAAGUCAAACAAAUGCACAUCGCAAACUGUCAUCAAAAGUGGGUGGCAAAAACCACCUUACGCUUUAUUUUUUUUAUAAAGGCUCAACAAAUGAAGCACAUUCCUCUUUGCCCAUCUUCCAGCACUGAGGAUGCACAAACUUGCAGGCACAAGCUUGAACGGUUUAUCAUCAUGCAAAUUUGUAAUACUAAAUCAAAGUCCAAAAUGCCGUCUUUAUGUAUUAAAUGUCAAUUAUUUUUUCAGACGAUACAGGGUCAAUCAAUGAAAUAGAUGGGAAAAAGGACAUGGAAUUACAAUAUGUGUAAUUAGAUUAGUGACAUCCAUACCUAUAUUAAGCAUCAGGUUAAAAAUUAGAGUGUGAUACGAUUGCCUAAUAGGCUUCUGAAAGCUUCCUAAUAAUAUCAACUUUCUCUCAUUUUUCAUGUGCUAAAUAAUACUAGAGAGAGCAAAGUAUGGUCGAUUUAUAAUAGUCGUAUAUUCAGUCUGGUCAAACUUUGUGUUCAGCAUUUUGAGUUCAGCUCGGGAAAAAAUGAGCAAAAAAAAGCACCAUUUUUGUUCAGUAUAAUUGUGACUGAUAGCCACAACCACGUUGACAAUAUGAAAGAAAUCAUUAAGGCUUAUGAAGGCAAAGUAAGCGUUUUAAUAUCCUUCCAAUGACUCAAUGCCAAUAGAUGAAUGGAUUUUCAACCAAACAGUACCUUCAUAUUUUAUACUAAGGAUCAGAAAGGUAGCGCAUUUCUAUAUUUGGGUGUCUGAUAAAAGCGAGGGAAAUACUCCAUGAAAGAAUGACACCACUGCAGUCCAAAUGUAAUGCUUCUUUAUUCUGCUACAAUAUCAACUUAGAAAGGCUUAUUUAUUGUGCCAUUUUCUCUAUUGCUGCUGGCUGGGUGAGGAGCUUAAGACAUCAAAAUGACACGAGUAAACAGGAGAUAGAUGAUGAACUUACAUGAGCCUUUGCUACUUAGUUAUUUGUGACUCACCUCAUUUGGAUAAAGUUUGGAGGCUAUGAAUUCAUUUUUAUACAGCAAAAGGACAUAUUGACCCCAUUUAUGAUGGACUCGCCCCUUUCUUCAGUAAAUGUAGGAAAAAUGACGUAAAAAUAACUGAGUAAUUAUUGUAGUUGGACAAUAAAACCUCUUUUUACUAAGACAACACCAAAUAAAACAUGCUAUGCGAGUCAA